AUGUCUUUUGCCUCUGCUAAAGAUCCCAAGACCUUGUACGACAAGGUAUUCGAAGACCAUGUUGUCCACCAGGAUGAAUCUGGCUCUUAUUUACUUUACAUCGAUAGACAUUUGGUUCACGAAGUCACUUCUCCACAAGCAUUUGAAGGCUUGAAAAACGCUGGCAGAAUUGUCAGAAGAAAGGACUGUACUUUGGCCACAGUGGACCACAACAUUCCAACUUGGUCGAGAAAGAACUUCAAGAGUCCUGAAACUUUCAUCAAGGAGGCUGACUCUUUGCUUCAAGUUCAGACCUUGCAGAAAAACGUUAAAGAAUUUGAUGUGCCAUUUUUCGGUAUGACCGAUGCCAGACAAGGUAUCGUGCACAUUAUCGGCCCAGAGCAAGGUUUCACGCUUCCAGGUACCACUGUGGUGUGUGGUGACUCGCACACCUCCACACAUGGUGCGUUCGGAUCUCUAGCGUUCGGUAUUGGUACUUCUGAAGUGGAACACGUUAUGGCUACGCAGACCAUUAUCCAGGCCAAGUCUCAGAACAUGAGAAUCUACGUCGAUGGGAAAUUGAGUCCUGGCGUCACUUCCAAGGAUUUGAUCUUGCACAUCAUCGGUGUCAUCGGUACUGCCGGUGGUACCGGUUGCGUCAUCGAAUUUGCCGGUGAUGCCAUCGAGGGUUUGACUAUGGAAGCCCGUAUGUCCAUGUGUAACAUGGCCAUCGAGGCCGGUGCCAGAGCAGGUAUGAUCAAGCCCGACCAAGUCACCUUCGACUACGUCAAAGGCAGACCUCUUGCGCCAUCUGGUGCCGAGUGGGAAAAGGCUGUAGCCUACUGGAAGACCUUGCACACCGACGAAGGUGCCCAUUUCGAUUUCGACAUCAAGAUCAAGUCCUCGGACAUUGUUCCAACCAUCACAUGGGGAACCUCUCCACAAGAUGCUUUGCCAAUUACUGCAUGUGUUCCAGACCCAGUCAAUGUGUCCGAUCCUAUCAAGAAAUCCAUGAUGGAAGGUGCUUUGAAAUACAUGGGUCUAAAGCCUAACACACCUUUGAAGAGCAUCACCAUUGACAAAGUGUUCAUCGGCUCCUGUACCAACUCUCGUAUCGAGGACUUGAGGGCUGCCGCUGCCGUCGUGAAGGGUCACAAGAAGGCCGACAGUGUCAAGCUAGCCAUGGUUGUCCCUGGCUCUGGUUUGGUCAAGGAACAAGCCGAGAAGGAAGGCUUGGACAAGAUUUUUGAAGAGGCUGGAUUUGAAUGGAGAGAAGCCGGCUGCUCGAUGUGUCUAGGUAUGAACCCUGACAUUUUGGACCCAGAGGAGCGCUGUGCGUCCACCUCCAACAGAAACUUCGAAGGUCGUCAAGGUGCCAGAUCUCGUACCCACUUGAUGUCGCCUGCUAUGGCUGCUGCAGCUGGUAUUGAGGGACACUUCAUUGACAUCAGAGAGUUCACUUACAAGGACAACGAUGUGCCAAAGAUCUCUGUCGAAAACGAAGCCGAAGAUAAGGCGUUGCAGGAUGCCGUCUACCAGCACGAGAAACAACCUCUACAAAAGGGCGAGUCCGCUGACGAGCUAGAGGACGAUGAAGUGCGUGAUAUCCCACCCGCUGAACACAACUUCAAGGAAACUCCUCUUGAAUCUUCCGCGAAGCCAACGCCAGCCGGCAUGGAGCCAUUCACAACAGUCAGCGGUAUCGCAGCUCCAUUGGACAAGGCUAAUGUUGACACAGAUGCUAUCAUCCCCAAGCAAUUCUUGAAGACUAUCAAGAGAACCGGAUUGAAAGCUGGUCUCUUCUACGAAUGGCGUUUCACUAAGGACGCCGAGGGUAAGGAUCAAUCUCGUGGCUUCGUCUUGGACACCGAACCUUACAACAAAUCGCAAAUUCUAGUUGUCACUGGUGAUAACUUCGGUUGCGGAUCCUCUAGAGAACAUGCGCCAUGGGCUUUGAAAGACUUUGGUAUUAAGUCCAUUAUUGCACCAUCAUUCGGAGAUAUCUUUUACAAUAACUCCUUCAAGAAUGGUUUGUUGCCAAUCAGACUUCCCCAAGAUGUUAUUCUUGAGAAGCUCUACCCCGUUGCUCAGUCUGGCAACCAGUUGACCAUUGACCUUCCUAACCAACGCAUCUUGGACUCUAACAACAAUGUUCUUGUCGAGAACUUUGAAGUUGAAGACUUUAGAAAGCACUGCCUAGUCAAUGGUCUUGAUGACAUCGGAAUUACUCUACAGAAAGAAGAAUUUAUUGUGAAAUAUGAAGCUAGAAGAAAAGACGAAUUCUCCUUUUUGGAGGGCGGCUCCAAGCUAGUGAAACCCAUCAUUGGAUCCAAAAAGAGCCCUUACGGUAACAAGGCUCAAGAGUGGUAA